GUUCGAGUUCACAAGUCAGAUUUCACACAGUGUAUCGCUUCAGUUAUUUCUUUUUUAAUAAAAAUGAAUCCCAACAUUUGUGGAGUGUGUUUGAGUGUUGAUCGCAAAUUAACACAACUGAAUGGUGAUAUGCUCGACAUAUGUCGUUCAUUUCUUGGUCAAAAUGACAUGGUGAUUGGCAGCUUGUGCUGGGAAUGUGCAGCCAUUUGUUAUAAGUUUGUAAGGUUUAAGAGGAGAGCAGAAGCAGCACAGAAUAUAUUGGCCGAUUAUAACACAGCUCCAAACUCCGCCUUGUCUCAACUAAAACAAACGGAGACGCUACAGGUGGCGUGCACGGAGCAACACGUGGCCGUGAUCAGCGGUGAUAAUGAUGAAGGCAGGCGGGUCGAGGUGUACCGACACACGUGUGGUGAUGGAAGCAGUGUGGCUGAUGCAGAUGAUAACAAUUCUGAUACAAGUGAUGGUGAUCGUGGGCUGGUGAUCAACGAGGUGUUCCUGCCGCGAGGGUCCGAUGACGAGUCGUCUCCUGACAUCAGCAGUGACAACAAGAAAACCAGGAAACAGAGUGGAGCGCGGGACAGGCGCCAGGCUGGCGUGGUGCGGAGUAGCUCCGUGCUCAGGAAGCUGCGCGCGCUGAACAUGAGCGAGGACCUGCUGGAGAUGGUGAUCCUGACCUGGGACGAGGUGGCGGAGGAGAGACGCAAGUGGUUGGCCAGCGACAAGUUCUCGCAGCUGCUGUACAAGUGUUACGACUGCGUGCUGGGGUUCAACCACCGCUUCAAGCUGGAGGAGCACAGGAAGAAGCACGACGAGUCAUGGGGGCCCUGCGUGUGCGACGUGUGUCUGGUGCGCUGCAAGAACUCCUCGGCGUUGUCUGCGCACCGCGCCGCGCACAGGACCAGAUGGCGCUGCCGCACGUGCGGCGGGUGGUGGUCGCGCGCGGCGGUAGCGGCCGACCACGUGGCCCGCGAGCACGGCGCCCCGCGGGCCACACACACCUGCGCCGUGUGCCGCCUGACGCACACUACACUCAGCAACCUCCGUAAGCACGUGAAGUACGCGCACUCCCAGCGGUACUCGUGCGAGGUGUGUGACCGCGUGCUGCACAACAAGACCGCGCUGCGCCAGCACAUGUUUGUGCAUACAGGUGAAAAAGAAUACUCGUGUACUAAAUGUGAGAAGAAGUUCCUCUUCAAGAAGGGUUUGGAAAUCCAUCUCCUGAGUCACGCUUCCUCCGCCAAUCUCUACUGCCACGAGUGUGACAUGACGUUCAAACACCAGCUGUCGUACAACCAUCAUCUAAAGUAUAACCUGAAGCACAUCCACCCGGACAAACUCAAGUACGCGUGCGGCUCGUGCGACAAGAGGUUCGCGCUCGCGUCCCGUUUGGACGACCACAAUACCGCCGUGCACCUCAAACUGACGCCGCUACGAUGUACUCAUCCCGGCUGUGACUUCGCGUGCUCGUCUCAGCCCGUGCUGCGGACACACCGGCGCACGACGCACGGAGACGCGGUGCGGCGCCGCGACCACGUGUGUGACGCGUGCGGCAAGCAGUACACGACUAAGAAGAGCCUGUCGGAGCACCUCCGCACGCACAGCGGUGAGCGACCGCUGGCGUGCGUCCCAUGCGGCGCCGCCUUCUCGUACCAGGCCGCGCUCUACAACCACCGCCGGCUCGUACACCUGAAGCAGCCGCGCUCACGAGAUAAACCACAGCCGUCUCUUCCGAGUUUAUUGAAACAGAAUUAAAUGAUCGACUGAGCAACUUGUAGUUAUUAGCCACACUAGAUAUAUAUUCAUUAUCAGUAGUAUCAUUGGACGUAGUUCCUGAAAACCGUUCCAAGCCACAUUCAUCACAUUUUAAGGAAUUCGUGUUUAAAGUUUUAUCAAUAUUAGUGUAUUUCAUACAUGUGGGUUGGGCUACUAAGUAAUGUUUUAAUUUAAAGAGUGACAGUAGAGCUGCCAUUUUUUGUCAGUCUGUUAGUAUGAAUGAUGUGACCAGUUUUGUGUUCUUAACUCAUUUUCGACAUGAUUGUGGUUUGGAACGUUUUUCUGGAAUUACGUCCCAUUAUAAGUAGGAUCCGUGUAACGGAUUUUUCCAAUUUUAAUCAUUAAAAAUUGUAAAAUUAUGUUAGUUAUUUAAUUUAUUAAUGUUAUCAAUUAGUGUCAAUAUUGAUUUUUGCAGGAUUUUUUCGAAAUGUUAAACUAUUAAUAAUAUCUAGAGUUGACUGUAUUAUUUUAUUAAGUAACAAUAGCAUUCCAUAAACAUUGUAAUUUUGCCGAAUAAUGUUAUAAUAUUAUAAUGGUGUUACAAGCUGGCUAUUUUAAAAUACUAAAUAAAUGCUUGUAAUACUUUAUUUACUAAUCCUAGUAUAAGUUAGUACUAACAGAAUAUGGGUAAUGCUGCCUGAAUUAAAUAAAUUUAUUAUUAUAUUAUUAUUAUCAUUUUGAAGGUGAGAAAAUGACUGUCUGGCUGUCUAAAUCUAAUUGCGGAUUUAUGAAUUAAUUAGGGAAGUAGUAAACUUGUGUGUGUUACGACGAACUUAGAUAAUUUAUACGUCUAGACUCUAGAUUGUGUCUCUUGCUAGACAAAUAAAAACAGGUCAGGAAUAUUAAUGUGCGUAACAAGCUACGUAGUUAACACUCCCGAUUUAUAAGACACUUUGUGUUCGUGUGCGUGAAUUGCUCAAAAAAUAGGCUACCUAAUAGUGAACUAAUUUUUUUUUGACGUUUUGACAGCUGCCAUAGUCUGGACGUAAAAAUAAUGUAAGGCGAGAAAUCAAUUUGCAACUUUCGUGUUGCACAAAUAAUGUGAAUCUUAAUAGAUUUGUCUUAACCAGUGGUAUAUAGCUUACCAGUGGGAGGCUCCCUUGCACAGGAUGUAGGCUAGAUUAUGGGUACCACAACGGCGCCUAUUUUGUGUGUUUCGGUCUGAAGGGCGCCUUAGUUAGUGAAAUUACUGGGCAAAUGAGACUUAACAUCUUAUGUCUCAAGGUGACGAGUGCAAUUGUAAUGCCGCUCAGAUAUUUUGUGUUUUUCAAGAAUCCUGAGCCGCAUUGUAAUGGGCAGGACGUAUCAAUUACCAUCAGCUGAACGUCCUGCUCGUCCCGUCCCUUAUUUUCAUAAAAAAAAUUGAGGCGUAGCGAGCCUUGGCGGGGCCCCGUAUAAAUUUUUUAUUAAGGGUUAAGAUUUCUCACUAAAGAAAAAAAUGUUUGCAUAAAAUUAAUAGAAAUAUUUAUUCAUCGUAAAUAUAUAUGUGUCACUUAUUCCAAAAUUUUUACAAAUAUUUGUAAAAUGAAAUGGAGCAACUUUGCUGCAGCCAACCUCCUGCAGAAUUAAUUUAAAGCCAUUAGAUUUAUUCACCUCGCAAGGCUAGAUAUAAUUCAGCCAUUAAUGGAUGGAUGUUAAAAAACCCAGAAUGAUCUGUUAAGAUCUACAAUAUACCCAUUUGUUAGUACAAUUAUGUCGCAGGCUUUUAGCCGACAUCUUUACAGGUGAAGGUCUUUAUGCUCCGCGUUAACAGACAGAGAAAUGAGUAGUGAACUUCAAGAGCUAGAUGUUUCUUCAAUUGCUUUGCCCUCAAUAGCUGCAGAACUACUUCCAGAUGUGACCUAGAUCAAAUUACCUUCAUCAUCUACUGUACAACGUCAACCAGAGUGUUCACCAUCAGCAUCAGUAUUCAUAAAUGAAACUGUGGCGCCUAGAGCCAAUUCACCAUCAAUUUUGACUGAGGAGGAGUCGGAUCAAGCAAUUUCAAUAUUCAGACAAUCAGCAGAGGUAGCUUCUACAUCUCAAGAUCUGGAUAACCAGAAUAGUCAAAUGACAACGGUAGAUUCUGGGCCACGACAAAACCAAAAAUAGUUUUACCUAAAUUAAGAGACAAGAAACAGUUUAUUUGUCCUAAUGCUACAAUGAAGAAAAGGAAGUGAUGUUGUAAACCUACAUUUAUUAUUAGGUAUAUUGUUUUGAAUUAAAUUAUUUCUUAAUUGUGACAGUAAUUUUAA